CUCGCCAAUCAAACGAAGAUCAAUGCACUCAGAGAUCGGGAGCGCAUCGGAAACCGAUUGACUCCACGAGAGAAGAGACAAUUGGUUAAACUCGAAGAGAAUGAGAGGAUUAUCACUCGCGAAGAGCAAUAUCUGUUGACAUACAGAGGCUCUCUGUUCUAUAAGUUGCGAAAUCUCGUUCGUCCCCUUCAGAUAGGGCUCGGACUCCUUGCCGUCAUUCUCUCGUUGAUUGUCUGGAUUUCACUUCUUAUUACAAAUAUUGAUAAAGCGAUGCAUUCAUUGGGAAUGAAAAUGGGUUACGCGUUACCCAAACCUCAAAUCCCGAAUCCAAUCGAUAUAAUUUUGGUCACAUUUCAACGUGUAUUCCCAUUGGAUUACAUACUGAUCCUAUUAAUGUCCCUAUUCUUCGUAUUGGCCACAAUGUCUGGCCUCAAGAAUCUGGGAAUUUGGUUCUUCUUCGUCAGGCUGUACAAAAUUCGUGUCAAGAAAUCCAGUCCUCAGGCAUUGCUUAUGCUUUUUGGGACUUUAAUGUUGACAACUUUGGGCAUAAAUAUACUGUUUUACUGUAUUUCUCCG